GCUCUACUGGGACAAAGAAUCAUAAAUUCAAUUCACCUGGUAUUAAACAACAGAUUGAAACAUUUAUUGCUAAUAACUCUGAACAAUCUAACCCUAAAGAUUUUAGUAAAACUUUAUUUACUAUAUGGGAUACGGGAAAUGAUUAUUAUUUUUCCGAUAUGUCUAUAUCACCACUCGAUUCGGUUAAAUCCUUGAUCAAUGCACUCCAUCUUCUCGUAAAGUCUAUUCCUACAGUAUCGUCAUUGUUGAUACUGAAUCUUCCUGAUAUAUCUUGUGUUCCAGCUUUUAAAACUGUGAAUGAAACAGAGAGAAAACUAAUUUCAAAGAUGAUUGGGUUGCAUAAUAAAUGUUUAUUAGAACAUUUAUUGAAAUUUAGUAGUAAGACAAAAGUAAAUAUUAUGCAUAUAAGAUGCGAUAGACUCUUUAAUAUAUUACAAACUGAUUUUGGAAUCAUAAAUUGUAUUGAUGUGGUGACAAAUAUUUACGAACUCGAUUAUAAUGAUGAUAUUAUUAACACUAGUCAAACAAGUUGUGUUAAAGAUAGUAAUUCUUAUUUUUAUUAG